AACCCGCACGAACAGUGUAUCUUAAUCAGUCAACUGGACAGGCUACACUUAGCGUUAGUAAGCUGGCGGUAAACUCUUAAAAGUGAAACGUUAGCCAAAUGCUAAGUCUUCACCCCAUCAUACUGGAGGAUGUCUGGUGCAGCUCUACGUUUGAUCCGCUGUCGGAGACUGAGUACAGCUGGGCCGCCUGGAGUGAAGAAAGUGCUUCAGUGGAAAGAUUUAAGGAAGGUUGCUAAAGUAACUGGUGCAGUUGUCUUGGGGGGCUGUCUUUUUAUCACUUAUGAAAUGGCGGCCUUGGACAAGGCUGUGACCAUAAACACUGGUGCAAUUCUUCAGGAGAAGUACAAGUCGUACAUAUAUCUGAGAGCCACUCCCUCCGAUGAAAAGGAGAACCGCACUGCAGAGCUCACACACAAAGCAAGGAGGGAACUCCAUAAGGCAGUAAGGCGGUUUCUGGAAAUGUCAUCUAGGAUUUUGAUGCAAUCCCUAGAUGAGCACUUUAGCCAUGUGGAUGCAGACCCACAUGAGGUGGCAUUAUGGGUCUUACUGAAGAGGACACAGUCAGCCAAUAAAGCCAUCAGACUACAGGCUGUACAGGACCUUGCAAACAAUCACCACUGGCAUGACUACCAGUACCAGACAGCAGCCCAGAUUAUAGACCAGCGAACAGCAGUGGCCCUGGCCCGGACUCCUCAGGUAGACCUUCGGUUCUUUCUGCGCACUCCUGCACUGCCUGACCAGGAGGAUGUAAGUAUCUCAUCUCUGUAGAAUAGUCUAUUAUGUGGAAUACCUCUAUAUCACUUGUAAACCACUCUCAUUCACAUGCUUUGUUUCUAUACUAAACAUGGGCUCUACAUUUGUGUAUUAAGAGUUCCCCUUCGAGGGAACUCGAACUGCG